AGUCGUUCUUCUGUUUCUCAGCGAGACUAGAUCGGGAAGAUGACUUGGCGGUCUGGCAUUUGUUACUGUGCUAUUGUUCUGUUUUUUCUGGGGUGUGCUGACAGUCAAGUGAAAGUCAAAAUCCAGGAGCCUGGCAUCAGCAGGUUUUUGAAUAGGGUUACGAAUACAACGUUCGGUUUGAUUCGAACUGGAGUAGACAUUUUUGGAAACACAAUCGAAAGAAUUACCAACAGUUUUGCGACCAUCGAAGAAAGAUUGAGAGCUAUAUUGGAAUUAGUCAGAAAACAACUGAUAAAAGGUGUACCUGAACUAAGCAUACCAGUGUUAGACCCAUUGCAUAUAGAUAAAAUAGAAUUCAACGUCAAUCAUGAAGCUGCAAAUGUAAAAGGGAGAGCAGAAGACCUCACGAUCAGACACAUAUCCAAAUUUUUGGUGGACAAAGAAAGUUUCUCAGAUCUAGGAAAAUUACGUUUCAAACUAGAUCUGAAUCUAACAUUUCCAUACAUCAAAGUCAACGGAACAUACAACAUAGACGGAGAAGUCGGUGGAGCUUUCCGGAUAUUCGGAAAUGGACCUUUCAGGUUGAACUUGAUAGAUCUCAAAUUGGGGACGUCGACUAUACUGAAAUUUACAUUGCCUGCAAGACUGAGAGUUGAAAGUAUCAGCCUUGAUGUCAAGUUGAAAAAACUGGAAAAUAAUUUCGAAAAUCUGAUGAAGGACAAAGAAACUGGAGUACUGAUCAAUAAGGCUAUUUCAAAAUUGGCGCCAGAAGCUUUGAGAUUACUGUGGCCCGAGUUGAAGCCUUCAAUUGAAGUCCAAGUCAAAAAGUACAUCAACGAUAUUUUGGAAAACACCACUGUGGUGAAUAUGGCGAAGAGAUUAUUCAACAUCACAUAGAAAAAUAGUGAUUAUAGAAGAAGUUGAAAUAGCUAUUUUUCUAUUAAACCUGAUUUGACGCUUG